AUGAAGGUCGUCCACUCCUCUCAGGACUGCGAGUUCUACGUCUUGUCCCCUCGCGGGGACUGUUUAAUCACGAAGGACUACCGAAAUGACGCACCCAAGGGAAGCGCCGAAAUCUUCUACCGGCACGUGACUUGCUGGAACGGGCCCUCGUCUUCCGAGUUCUCUGGCGCUGGAGGCGCGACGGGAGGCUCCGGAAAAUCGAGUGCAUGCGCAGCCCGAGGCAGUCCGUGCACCGCCGGGAUGCUCGCGAUGAUGAACCGGGGAGGCCUCGGAGGCGCCGGCGACGCCUCGCCUCUCUUCUGUGUAAAUGGAAUCUCCUUCGCCUUUUUGAGGAGAAGUGGGCUCUACUUUGUCCUCACCACGCAGCAGAAUCCGUCUCCUGCCGUGCUCACUGAACUCCUUCACCGCCUCACGAAAAUCAUUCAGGAUUUUUGUGGGGUUUUAAACGAAGAGGCAAUCCGGAAGAACUUUGUCAUGAUUUACGAGCUUCUCGACGAGAUCAUCGACUACGGCUAUCCUCAGCUGACCUCUACAGAGUCCCUCAAAUCCGCGAUCUACUCCGAAGCGAUUCUUGUUGAUCCUCCUCCAGUCAAAAGCCAAAUCACGUCGAGUUUGUCAACCUUGGCGAGCUUGGCGCCCAAGACGAUCCCGAGCAAUGCAUCCCACCGGCCUGUCGGGGCGACGGCAGGCGAGCGGGCGAGAGGCACUCCCUUCGGGGGGCGAGGCCCUCGCGGAGUCGCCGGCAACGUGCGGAGAAGCGAGAUCUUCGUCGAUGUCUUGGAGAGACUUACCGUCGUUCUAAGCUCUAGUGGUCAGGUGGUCAAUGCCUCGCUCGACGGGAGCAUCCAGAUGAAGAGUUACUUGGACGGAAAGUACCUCCUGAAACUCGCCCUCAACGACGACAUUGUCUUUGUCAGCCAAGCAACAGGCAGUCAGAAUGGCCACGGUUCAAGAGGAGCGUCGACUGUCUGGGUAGACGCGUGCAAUUUCCACGAAUGCGUUGACUUGUCUGAGUUCGACGCGCCGCAAAGACUUCUCACCUUCUUCCCGCCCGACGGCGAGUUUGUCCUGAUGAACUACCGCGUCUCGCAUUGCCAGGCGGUUCCCUUCCGCAUCUUCCCGUCGAUCGACUGGCGUUGCGGCCAAACGAAAGUACGCUGUCCCGAGUGGAGAAUUGACGGUGAAAGUCAAGGCAGACAUUCCGGAGCAGACUUACGCGGCGACUGUGGUGUUGUCCAUUCCACUCCCCAAAGGCAUCGUGGCCUGUUCCACAGAGCUCCUUCCUCCCGUUCCUCUCCAGAGUUUCUCCCGGCCGAGAAAAGAUUGGUAUGGAGCAUUCGGAAACUGCAUGGAGGCGCAGAGAUGAUCAUGCGCGCGCGGUUCACCUCCUCGUCGCCGGUGACGGCAUCUGCAGUCUAUCGAAAGGAGUUCGGCCCAAUCAGCAUGACAUUCGAGAUCCCCAUGUUCAAUGUGUCCAAUCUGCAGGUGCGCUAUCUGCGAAUCGCAGAGAAUAACGGAAUUGCGAGUCCCUUCCGCUGGGUCCGCUAUGUCACCCAGUCUUCCUCCUACAUUUGUCGGGUGUGA